UCUAUGGUCUAGGAAUUCUAAAGAGCUUUGCGGAGUCGUAUACCGUUUCUACUCCUGUUUCUAAUCAUUUGAAACGGAGUGUACAACACAAUAACGCUUGCGCUCUCAAGUUAUGAGUGAACAACAACAGCACAAUAAAAUUGCGUUGCGAUAAACAAAAAGUUAACAACAAAAAACUACGAGCUUUAUAUUAGCGUGAAACAUUGAACAAAUCACACAUUGGAAAAAGCUACGCUCCGAGGGUCCGCAUAUGUUUACUGCCGUAUAAGAUCAGCAACGCUUCAACAGACGAAGGUAAGCUGGCUGGCAGGUUGACUGGCUCACAGAUAAACGGGUAUUAUACGGAAAUCACUGGGGAUAUAUAAAUGAUAAAUACAAACGAGCACAAAGUGAAAGAGUAAAAGUUGAAAGGUAGACGAAAAUAAUGGUGCAGAAGACAGUGGUAAAUAGUAAAUUAAAGAUUAACUAUUAUUGGCAGCGCAUAGAGCGCAACGAAGAGUGUCACAACCAACAUACAAUUGUAUGUAUAACAGCAGAAAAUAGCGGUAACGCGACGCUCUAAAUUUGAGAAGAGCAUGUUGGCGUUUUGGUGGUCAAACAACAAAAGACGGCCAACGAGGCAAAUCUUAUCAGACUACGGUGUGCCAAGCUAGCGUUAGAUAAAGAAUACAUACAGCACAUAUAUAACGGUUCCGUUUCAUUUGAUUAGAUUUGGAGAAAAAAUAUCAAGAAUCGUAACUAGGCGGUAGUAAAAAUUAACAAACACAAAAAACCAAAAAUAAAAGAAAACAAACUGAUAAAAAAUAUUUCUAUCGGCAAAUUGUGAACUUUCAGCACAGGUGUUAGUUCGUAAUGUAAAUCGGUGGAUUACGGUGUUGUGCUGUGUGCCAACCUCGCAGGUAACAAAGCAGCGAACAAAGUGCAAAGUGAGUGUAGCGCAAACUCGAAAAGAGCACGCAAAAAGACUGUUAAAUAUUGUGAAUAAUUAAAUGAAUUACUUAAGCAUUGAUUGAAGUAAAUUCAAGAAGCGCAGAAGAAUCAUCCAAUAAAGCAAACUAAACGAACUAUACAACCCAUUUAGCUAGCAACUACGCUACAUGCGCAAAAGAAAAUUGUUAAAAGAUCCGUGCAAAUCCUUUUGUACCAUUAUGAAUCCUUGCCGGAAUAUGUCACUCGAUUUGGCUGACACGAAUUUCGUGUACGACGAUACGGCUGCCAGUACUGUGAGCAGUCCGUUGACACCCACGUCCAGCGUAGCGAAAAUCUCGCCCACUGGUGUUAUCGAGCUAAGCGAACAUUUUUACAUCAACAACAACCAGAAAGCGCCCAUAACGGUCGAGGUAAAACUAAAUGCCGAAGGUAUAUAUUUGCGCAGGGAAACCGGUGGAAUAGAUGAAAUCAACGAGCAACGUAUACGUAUGGAGGAUAUUAUAGGCAGUAGUUGUGGGCCGUGUUUGAAGAAGACUAAUCGCGGCGCUUUAUCCUCUUGUCGCCGCAUAUAUGAAGAAUCCGAAGUAGAUCAGGCAACACAAAAGGACAUUAGCGCUUAUUUACAUAUAUACGCGUACAUAAAGAACGAGAAGAGUUCGAUGCGGCGUGAGCGCACCGUGCGCAUAAUACGUUUCCGUUCCUUCGAUACGUACGAGGAGAACUUGAAGGUGGCCGAACGUUGGCAUCAUGCGAUACGCAUUAAUAAAGCUUCUCUUAAGAAUGAAACGGUCGAGAAACAAUUGCUGAUUUUUCUAAAUCCCAAAUCCGGUUCAGGUAAGGGACGUGAAAUGUUCCACAAACAAAUGGCGCCUGUGCUGAAGGAAGCAGAUGUGCCGUAUGAAUUGCAUGUAACUGCACAUCAUAAUUUCGCCCGUGAGUAUGUGCGCAAACACAACGAUCUCUUGAGCAGUUAUAGUGGCAUUGUGGUCGGAUCAGGUGAUGGACUCUUCUUCGAAGUGUUGAACGGCAUAAUGGAACGUGAGGAUUGGCGCGCAAUUACACGACAAUUGCCGCUUGGCAUUGUACCCUGCGGUUCGGGUAAUGGUUUAGCGCGCAGUAUUGCGUAUCUAUAUAAGGAGCCAUAUGAACCGAAGCCCAUAUUGUAUGCUACAUUGACAUGCAUUGCUGGCAAGAUGGCGCCGAUGGAUCUGGUGCGCAUCGAUACUGGCACAGAGGGUAAGGCUUGCGAGCUGUACUCAUUUUUAUCUGUCGGUUGGGGUCUAAUCGCUGAUGUUGAUAUCGAGAGUGAACGUUUGCGUUCAAUCGGUGCAUCACGUUUUACUUUUUGGUCCAUACGACGGCUGAUUAGCUUGCGCACCUAUAAAGGCCGAUUGUCAUAUAUACGUUCUGAACGUAAGGAUGGCCGUAAGACUUUUGGUACUCGCGUUUCCACGGUGUCCAAUGAAGAACGUCGUUUGCCACCAGAAGUACAGGAAUUCUAUGAUAUACCAAAUCCCCCGGUGGGCACUAAGGAAGAUGAUUUCCACCCAACGACUACUAACACCAACCAAGACGAUGACUUUGGUGAUGCCAUAUCGCUGGAUCGUACGAGCUUCCAUUCCAACGUUGAUAGCUGGCAUUCGGCUGUCUCGAAACGCACAGCUUACUUCUCGCUUAACGAUCAAAGCUUACGCACACGUCGAAGCGUACUCAGUCGCCUCGAAUCGAUCAAUGUGGAAUACGAAAGUCGUCGUCCACCAACCACAAUACCGUCACUGGAUUUGCCAGUGCCUACAGAUAUUUGGCACACCGAGGAAGGCGAAUAUGUUAUGGUUCAUGCAGCCUAUACCACCCAUCUGUCCACAGAUUGCUUCUUUGCGCCUGAUUCACGUCUCAACGAUGGCAUCAUCUAUCUCGUUAUAAUACGUAGCGGUGUCGGACGUUCGCAGUUGGCGCAAUUUCUACUCGCCAUGAGUUCAGGCACACACCUGCCGAAGGAGCCGAAUAAGUAUAUUGAAGUGGUGCCGGUACGCGCUUUUCGCAUCGAACCGAGUGCCGAUAGAGAGGGCAUUAUGGUGGUGGAUGGCGAACGUGUGGACUAUGGACCGCUGCAAGGUGAAAUAUUGCCGGGCAUGAUCAAGGUCAUGGUGCCGAACGGAAAUUCCAUCGACUAGAGCACAAAUUACUCCAGUUAAUGCCGAAAACACAUAUACAUAUAUGUGUAUAUUUAGUGAAUAUAUUUAGCUAUUUUUAUAUGCCAAGCAUUUCUUGUUCCCAUUUAGUUAUUAUUAUUCUAGAAGUAUAUACGAAUGUUAUAUGUAGAAGCAUACAUGUAGACAUGGAAAUAUCAAAUAAAAAUACAUGAAUGUGCUACAACAA